AUGCGGAAAUCGAGUCACAGCUUGCCAGAUCCGAGGGAAGCAAAGCCAUUCUUGGUUGCUGGAAAGAAAUUCUCGUCGUGCAUCACGAGCUGUAUGGAUCGUGGAGGAGGAAACUGUCUCAAGAAGUUGAAUUGUGGUCUGGCCCUCCCUCCAGAUAACGUACUCGUCCAACAGACAAAACAAUGUGCGCUCAGGAGUGGUCUCAAUACACCAGCUGUUCAGCGACUCUGUAAUUGUUUGGCAGCUGCUGGUGCCAGAGGACUCAGUCCAAUCUGCGGAAAAAUCCGAAUCUCCUAA